AACCCUGCAUUCAGGAUCAGGCGCAGCUCUGGGAGGCGAUGGCCGGGUGUGACAGGACGAAGCAAAGGUCAAAAUCAUCUCCUUGCUACAGGUGUGCAGAGGGUGAAGGGAAGCAGGCAGGAAGGUCUUUGGUUUGUCUGUCUCACCGCUCCCAUACAAACAAAUCCAACAGUGACAGCAGCAGCAGGAGACCAGGCCCGCUUAGACUGUCAGCUGAUGGAAGCCAAAGACGUCCAUCAGGUCACCUGGCAGAAGAUUCUCCCUAGUGGAGAGAGGAAUGUCGCCACCUACAACAAAUACUUUGGCCCAAGAGUGGACCCUUACUUUGUGGAAAGAGUGGAGCUUAAAGGUGGUGGACUUGACAACAGCUCCAUAGUGAUCCGGGAGGCGACGGCGCAGGAUGAAGGCUGCUAUCACUGUCUGUUCAACACUUACCCUGAUGGUGCUCUCACUGGGACAACCUGCCUGCAAGUCCAUGAGCUGCAUGGACCCUUCCUACAUAUCAGAGAAUCAAACUUGACUGAAGCGGUGGUUGUUUCCUGCACGGCCACAGGUCGACCUGCUCCCACUGUGACCAUCACCGCCCCUCAGAGAGACUUCUUUGUCUUAAACAACAGCUCCAUCAGUGUCACCAACAACAACAGCACAGUCACUGUCACAGAGACGGCUGUGCUCUCUCGUGUCCAUUACAACAGCACACAGGUUGGGUGUGCAGCCCAGGUGCUCUCUGCUCCUCAGAAAGAAGUGUUUAUGAUGAUUCCUGAAGUCAGACACACGCCUACUGGUGACGGUUUUGAAGAGGAAUCUGAAGCUGGUAACAGCAGCCACAGUAGGACUCCGAUCAUUGCAGUGUCUGUGUUUCUGGUCUCUUGUUGUGUUCCUUUACUCGUCUUUUUACUGCUUAAACGUAAAAACCAGAGCAGUCUGUCGCACGACGUCCUCGAGAUGAAGGGUAUUCCUCCAGCUUCAGACAGAGACCCUCACGAGACUGAAGAAUCUGUGCAGAAUAAUGCUUAGGUCAGACAAUGACCAACUCCUGUGAAGAAUCAAGAGAGUGAAAAUGUGAAUCCACCUGCUUUGACUGCAAGAAGACUGGGAAUAAUCAGAUUGACAUUGUUUGUGUAACUGUGAAAGAUGAUGUAGGCAUUUCUCUAAGAACUGUAAAUGGUUCACAGCUUUUAUAAGAACCACAGUUAGAUUAUAUUUUUUUAAACACCAGAAAAUGUGAAUAAACAAAAAUAGUUUUUGAAAAUAUUUCAUAUGCUUUUUAUACGGUGAUGUUUUGUAAGUGUCAUCUCAAUGUUGGUUUUUGUAUGACGCAAUAUAAAGUGUGUGAAUGUUAUCUUGUA